AUGGGAAGUAGGGAUCUGAGGGCAAAGAGACGAAGUCAGGCGCCGUCGGAAACCCAGUAUAGUCGAAUGCUGGAGUGCCAGCACGCACCUUUCGCGUUCUCGCAAACCGACAGCGUACCCCAUCGCGCGCAUGCUGAUUAUCCUCCCGCGUACCAUUUCACGAAUGCGAUAACCCUUUCGCCCGGUCCAGUUCGCUCACAGUCCGAAACCUGCACUUGCAAAGCGGCACCGAUGGGACGUCCAAGUACGACGCGCUCAAAGCCGCCAUCAACCACAAUGAUAUAUGGGCUCUCGGGAAUCCCUUCUCCUUAG